ACCUCACCACCCAACAAAGAUGCAGCGAGGGGCUGAGUUUGCAAGGAAUCUCGCAGGCUGUCAAGUCAAAACUCACCUGCAAGCCCAGACCGUGGCAGCCGUGGCAGUGGGACACCAGCACAACCACCAGAGCGUCUCCAGCGCCUUUGAGACCAUCUACAGGAAGCAGGGCAUCGUGGGUCUGUGGCGGGGCGUGAACGGCGCCGUGCCCCGCGUCACGGUGGGCUCUGCGGUGCAGCUGGCCACCUUCGCGUCUGCCAAGGACUGGGUGAGGAAGCGCAAGUGGUUCAAGGAGGGCAGCUGGAUGGUGGCCUUGGCAGCUGGCAUGAUCAGCAGCGUGGCCGUGGCCGUGGCCAUGACUCCCUUCGACGUGGUCAGCACCAGACUCUACAACCAGCCCGUGGACGAGCGGGGGAUGGGGAUGCUCUACCGAGGGUUUCUGAACUGCUUUGUGCAGAUCUCCGGCAAGGAGGGCAUCCUGGCCCUAUAUAAAGGCAUCGGCCCUGCCUACCUGCGCCUGGGGCCACACACCAUCCUCAGCCUGCUCUUCUGGGAUGAGCUGCGGAAGCUGGCCUGUUACCACCCGCAGCACGACGUCUAAGCCUCUGCGUGAGCAAGACCGGCGCGUCCGUCAUGGGCACGCGGACGCUGAGAUCUCCGCACCAGCGUGAUGAGACCUGGAGCCUGGGAGCAGCAGGGCUGCUGCUGUACGGGAGCCCAGGCAGAGUCAGGGCAGGUCUUGAAGGGAGUCUGAAGCCCCCCAAGACAUCUGGGUCUGGGGGGGAGCUCCGGGCCCAGCUCGGCUGCCUGCCAUUGGGUCCAGACACCCCCGAACGAGAGGCUGGGGCUCCAUCCAGGACCGGUGUCUCCUGUACAGCGAACUCUGCCAUCUGAGCCUGCCGCAGUGCGUCCAACCCAGGUGUGCACCCACCUGACACGGGCUUUCUCUUGGGCAAGCUGAGUCCCUCUCUGGUGCCUCAGUUUCCCCACCAGCAAAACAGGGGUCAUUGCACUCACCUUCCUCGUGGGGCUGCCAGUGGGGUAAAUUACUUGAUGUGUGGUAAGGUGCUGCGGGGCCCUGGGCACGUACGUGUGCCAGGCAGCAUGCUACAAGCUACUCUUGGCCUUGCAUGGGCUUGGAGGGCCAAGCUCUUGGGGGCUGUCUGCUGGAGAAGGACCCAAGUGUGGCCCUUCGCCAGAGGGCUAGUCCCUCAUCCUCGCUGCAGGGGAGCAGGGUCUGCGCGGGGGGAGCCGAGCAGUGUGCGGAGAGGUCUGUUCCAAGGAGCAUGUCACCAGCAGCACCCGGGGGACACCGCGGUGCCCUCCAUGACUGCCCAUGUGCCGCGGCCUGGCCUGGGAGAGGUCCCGGGCGCCGUGCUGCUCUGGAGAUGGGCACUGCUAAAUGGACAGGGCAGGGGCUGCCCACCCAGGCAGUGGGGUGAGGGGGCUGCGAGGUGGAUUUCCUUGGGGUGAGCAGGCAGCUCUCCCUUUUCCAGGGGGGAGCUCGUAGCACUCCACAAGCCCCCUGGGUCUGUGCUCUCAGCCUCUUGCAAACCCACUUCCUAGCCUCGCAAACCCACCCCAGCCUGUGUGAGCCUGGCAGCAGACAUGGGAGCUGGGAAGCAAACUGCUGCGGCCCAAGUCCAGGGAAGCAGCUCCCCCCACCCUCCUCCAUGUCAGGGGGGAGACCCCUGAGCACUGAUGAUCCUGGCCUGCCAAGCCUCUUCCCUCGGUCACACGUUGACCUGGUGCCCUUCACGCUGGGAGUGCUGCCGACCCAGCCCCAUACGGGGUGAUGAAGGGAGUGGGGCAAGACCGCAGCGCAGGCUGUAUAGGAGCCUGGAUCACAGCAACCCAAUAAAAGGGUCUGAUUCUUGU